CGAGACGAGCCAGUCUCGCUCGAUUUUCAAAGCGUGCGGACGGUCGAGUUAGACUCGAGAAUAAUAAUAAUUUAUUACGGUCCAUCCUUUGUCCUGAAACACUUUAAACUUAUAACCUAACUACCUCCACGCUGCAGGCCUUAGAAAACGAUCUAGUAUAACGUGCAAUUAACGGGUGUAUUUGACAGGUGUCCCGUUUUACCGUGUAGUGCAUUGAGUGAUUCCCGCAUAGUCGUUCGAGCAUGAAUAAUGAAGAAGUAAGAAGUGCUAGCGUCGCGUGUCAAGCUGGAGCGGUCUGGUGAUCAGAGCUGGGGGCGCAGUGCGUGGGACGUGUGAUGAGUCCGCGGUGACGGCUCGCCGUACAGCGGGUGGAUGGCGGCUGUAAGCGGCCCCGCGCGGCACUCUCGCGUCUCCAUGAGUGUGUCCAUGUCGCUGAUGCAGGGCGGUACGCAGAGCGCGCCGCAGGGCGCCAUCCUGGCGGCGGCGGCGCCCUACUACCAGACGCCGGCCAUACCCACAGACGUGCAGCCCGAUCGCCCUAUAGGCUACGGCGCCUUCGGAGUAGUAUGGGCAGUGACAGAUCCGCGCGAUGGCCGCCGCGUGGCUCUCAAGAAGUUGCCGAACGUGUUCCAGUCGCUCGUCUCAUCCAAACGCGUCUUCCGUGAGCUUAAAAUGCUCUGCUUCUUCAAACAUGAAAAUGUAUUAUCGGCGUUAGACAUACUGCAGCCGCCAAGCCUCGACUUCUUCCAAGAAAUCUAUGUGAUCACGGAGCUCCUGCAGAGUGAUCUGCACAAGAUUAUUGUUUCACCGCAACAUCUGUCAGCUGACCACAUCAAAGUCUUCCUCUAUCAAAUACUCAGAGGUUUGAAAUACCUUCAUUCCGCCCGCAUUCUUCACCGCGAUAUCAAGCCGGGGAAUCUUCUAGUGAACAGUAAUUGUGUUCUCAAGAUAUGCGAUUUCGGUCUAGCCAGAGUCGAGGAACCGGACGUCACCAAGAACAUGACACAAGAGGUCGUCACACAGUAUUAUAGAGCUCCUGAAAUUCUAAUGGGCGCGAAUCAUUACACGGCGGCGGUAGACGUAUGGUCGGUCGGUUGUAUUUUUGGGGAACUUCUAGGACGACGCAUUCUGUUCCAAGCGCAGAGUCCCGUGCAACAGCUGGAGCUAAUAACCGAAUUGCUGGGAACUCCUUCGUUGGAGGACAUGCGGUAUGCUUGCGCAGGCGCACGUGCCCAUAUGUUGAGACGAGCGCCGCGGCCUCCAGCGCUUGCAGCGCUUUACACUCUAUCCGUACAAGCGACUCACGAGGCUGUACAUUUAUUAGCGCAGAUGCUUGUAUUCGAUCCGGCUAAGCGUAUAACUGUGGUCGACGCGCUAGCGCAUCCCUAUCUCGAGGAGGGCAGACUUCGUUAUCAUUCGUGUAUGUGCAAGUGUUGCUACAGCGCCCCGCCGGCCGCCAGGCACUACUCGCCUGACCUUGAACCGGUCGCACCACACGCCUUCCACGACGGCUGGGAGAGGAAACUCACUUCUGUACAUCAGGUCAAAGAAGAGAUCCACAAGUUCAUAGCGGAACAGUUGCAGACGUCACGCGUGCCGCUGUGCAUCAACCCACAGUCCGCCGCGUUCAAGAGCUUCGCAAGCUCUACGGUCGCGCACCCAUCAGAGCUGCCCGUCGCCGCACCAGUGGGAAUGACAAAAGACCGCGCCCAAUGACGCCAGGUGACCGCCAUAUUGGCCGACGUAGUUAAAUGUCAUCAUCUGUCACAUUCACCUGUCAUAGAUUACGUCAUCGGUCAGUUUCAACUGUCACAGAUUAUGCCACCUGACAGUUUCAGCUGUCAUAGAUUACAAAUGUCACCUGUCAUAGACUAUAAAUAUAUUGAAGAGUUUUUUUUGGAUUUGUAUUCAGAAUUAUUUAUAGUACUGGAUUGGAAUGUUUAGUAAAAUAUCAUAAAGUGUAUAAAAUCGAUGACAGUUUGUUUAGUAAUAUAUAAUUGCAUUUCAAAUCUGCUCAACUGUAAGUCUUAUGUGUGUCUGUGGCUAUAUAUUUGUCCAGACUCGACGAGUGUGUGAUGUUCGUUAACACGAUAGGUCUCCUAUAAAUUAAAAUGAUUUACGAUUAUAUCUUGAAUGUUUUGUAUAAGAGAUUAUAAGUAUAGCAUUUAGAAGGAUAGCGAGACAUUGACGGUUGAUUAGAUGCUAAAAGUGUAUUUGUAAUUAACAUUUGAUGUAUUGAUUAUCAUACGAUUUCUAUUCAUUAUAUAUAUUAUAUAAUACGACCUCUUUUAAAAUGUUAAAUAAAUUUAUUCCACUUUUAAAAUUAUACGUCUUCAUAAUUAACUGUCACCUUCACAAAUGUUACGCUGUUGACUUAUGAGAGAAUAUAAUAACUUGAAAUGUUUAGUAUGUACGCUAUAGACUGUCAAUGUGGUUCGCUCUUAUAUGGAGUACCUAAUCUUAGACGGUUACAGUUAUUUUUAUAUAUCGCAGUUCGAAGAUAUUUCUUAUCGAACAAUAAGGAAUGACUACCAAAUAUUAAGGCCUUUAUAAAAAUUAAAAAAAAGUAAUAAAAUUAGUCAAGUAGGUUAUUUGUUAAAUGCAAAGGAAGGUUCUGAGCCGGGAUACGAUUGUGACGCAUUACGGGGACGUUCACUGUCGAAUAUAAUUUCGUAUGUUCGUACGUUAACAAUGUGUUGCCAGUGAAUGUGCCGUAAUGAGUGUUUUAUAGAUGAAUAUAUACAACGAAAGAGAAUCGCAAGUUACAUAGCAGAACAUAACCUACAGCGUGUGAAUCGAUAUACCUCGGUAUGUGUAAAUUGUUAAGGCUUCGUAGGUGAUGAGCGUUCAUCUGUAUUUGCGAUUCUAUGUAGACGCGUGUGUCAGUAGGUUUGUGUGUGCCUGAUUACGUAUGGUGAUUGCAAGCAAUAAAUGUUGCAAUAUUGUAAUCUUAUUCGUUUUGGAUUUAAUUAUAUUUGUGUUGUAUUGUAAGGUCGUGUACAGACGGCGGUGUCCUACUUAAUGUGCGCCAUUGAUCUGUCCGCCACGUAGAAUCUCGACUAGCGGCCGUAUGUACACGGCCUUAAUAUUUUAAGCUUACUAUUAACACCAUUGUAUGUAACAUCGACUGAACAUUUUUACGUAGCUAGGUUAGAUUAUAUUAUGAAUUGAAAGCAGACAAGUAAUAGCUGGGUGAUUUAUAAUAACUUUGGUAACAGUAACUGAUACAUAUAUUACAAGCAUUUAUAGCGUACUAGAUUUAUAUAUACAGGUGUCUUAGUGUGCGUGACUUAAUGUAUAAUAGGGAUAUGUUUGUGAAACGAUAUCUACAUAUGUGUGUGUUUCAUUAGCACGCUGAUUUAUAAUAUAAAGGUAACAUGUGCGCGUGUGUGGAGACGUAGCCUUAAAACUAGUUCAAAGUUAUAUGAGAUAUUAUUGAGAAAGAAAUAGUUUUUUUUUUUUUUGUAAAUAAAUAAGUGCGUAGUUAUAGUUAGGCUCUAGUGUGAUUGAUAUAAGCCGUUGUAAAAAUCCGCUCGUGUUGGUUAACUGUCCGCUGUAUCAUUAUGCGUUCGGCUUUAAAGCGAUUAGCGCUGGAUUCAGCGAUCGCGUGAUGGUGUAUCGGAUAUGUUCGAUGGUACAAAAUGGAAGCGUGUCCGCCGCCAAUACAGCUGGAGUAUUCAGGAUUUCACUUUAUUCUAUAUAUAUUUCAAUUUGCGAUAAUGUUCACGUUAUUUUUUAACAUCGAUUAUACGAUAUAAUAAUCACUCGAUGUUUACAAUCUCGAUGUCUCUCAGCUGAUUGCGCGCGACUCACAUAGGUCCCACCUUGCCUUAACUCAGAAAACUGUCGCUGUGAUCCGUUAGGCGUAAUUAUUGGAAUACCACAACAUACACUGUGUGAAUUGUAUAGAACUAUAAUCCAUUUUAUUAUUAGUACGUAUGCUUAGAAACGCCUGUACUAUAGUUAUUAUAUGUUCGCUGACAGCGACGAAGCCGACUAAGUUGUAAAUAAGUUGUGUUCACUAUAAUUCACACCGAUUAAGAAAAUGUCCUCUAAUAUCUAUGUAAAUGUGUUGCGUUUCCAGACUUUCAGAGAUCUCGUAUGUUUUAAGAUUAAUAUCAUUCGCAACUUGUCUUUUAGUUGGUAGCGUGAUUUGAUUUGUUUGACACGCCUCGUCGGUGACACUUGUGACGUUUUUUCAUACUAAAUGUAUAUAUUAGUUAAAAUAUUAAGAUUCAUGACUUAGUUAAUUUUAAGCCUGUGUAAUUUUAUUUGUGUUCUCUGUUUAAUUUAAUAAAAAUGCAAAAAAAAAAAAGAUAAAACUACGGAAGUAAGACGUUUUAAGACUUAAGAUUUCAUUUCGACUUUUUGUUUACCGUUCGUGUUGUACAUAGUAGGUAUUCCUGCACUGAUGUUUGUUUUUAAGUUACUCUAACAUAGUAUUAAAUAAAAUGGCUGUAUUGAUAUUUUUAAUCUACAUGUCCUUUUAAUAUUUUCGCUUCAGACGUGUACGAUAAAUUUGUUUUUCUACUUUAAACUAGUUUUCAUUCGUUUUUCUUUUUCUAGUUUUGGUUUAUUUCAAACGAUGUAAAUAUAUUUGAUACGAUUUUUUUUUUCAAUACGGAGUUAGUUGCGUUUACCAUUUUUGCAAACUGCCAAAACUAAUUUUAAUAAUUUUGUAGCAUACGCCACGGCGGCACGGAUAAUACACAUCCUGUCUUGAAGUUGAUGACAGUCUUAAAGUAUUUUAUAUAUAAAAGACAUUAUUGUUUCGUAAUAGUAUAGAAUAGCUGUUUGUGUAUAUGUAACUAGAUUUUCGGUAAUUAUUCAUAUGUAAUUUGUCAGUUUAUAGCGAAUCAAUUACGAACGUUCCUGUAGGUAUCACCUAUACGACAGUUAUAUAUAUAUAAAAAAAAACGAUAUGUUUAUAGAUUCUAAAUUUAAAAUGACAAUAUUGAAGGUUUUAUUUAUUUUUUCUUAUGGCAAUGUGUUCGCUGUAAACUGACAGUGUUUAAGAGAAGACAGCUUGUUAUUAUCUGUGUAAUCGGUAGUAGCCCCGGUAGAAGAGACGCGGGCCACAUUAACAAUAAAACUACUGCAUAAUU